UGCUACACGACUGUGGUUGUUGAUACUGCGCACCAUACCAACACAGGGAGCUACCGUUUGACAGAUUUUUUCUGCUUUAAACGCCAAAAUCUGGCUUGUGCAGGUUACGUGAUUGAAUCGUGAGGUUAAUUCUGUCCUAAACGAUAAUUUUGUUUUCUGCGCGCUGACGGCUGCUAACUUUGUGACGUAGCUGUCGGUGAAGCUAACCUGGAAUUGAAGCAAGCUAGCUAAUGAGCAAGACAUGGCGACCAUACAGGAUAACAUCUAAUAGAAUCGGUUGAUUCACUUAUAGUUACGUAUUUAUUGAAGCUAGGUUCCUGAAACUGUUUUACAAAACCGUGACAACAAGAUGGCAGUAGAGCUGGAUGUGUUCGUAGGUAACACCACUAUCAUGGACGAAGAGGUUUACCAGCUGUGGUUGGAUGGAUACACAGUGAAUGAUGCGGUGAAGGUACGUAUGGAGGGAGGGGUACUGGAUGAGUGUGAGGCAAAUGCAGAUGUUGUUCUGAGUGAUACCAUGGACCAGUACAGGACUUUCCAGAUGUGUGAGCGUCUGCUGUACAGUCCAUCCAAACUAGCCAACCAGUUACUCUUCCAGAUCACACCUCAUCGGCAAGUCAUCCUCAUAGAGAGAUAUUAUGCCUUUGAUGAUGGAUUUGUACGCGAGGUCUUGGGAAAGAAACUCUCCAAAGGAACAAAGAAAGACUUGGAUGACAUCAGUGCUAAGACUGGUGUGACACUGAAAAGCUGCAGACGACAGUUUGAUAACUUCAAACGUGUUUUCAAAGUUGUGGAAGAGCUAAAGGGACCCCUGGUGGAGAACAUACGGCAGCAUUUUCUUCUCUCUGAUAAGCUUGCAAGGGAUUACGCUGCCAUUGUUUUCUUUGCCAAUAACCGCUUUGAGACAGGAAAAAGAAAGCUACAGUACCUCACUUUCCAGGAUUUUGCUUUCUGUGCUGGGCAGCUUAUCAACAACUGGACAGUUGGGGCCGUUGAUAACAUGGUGGAAGAUAUGGAUGUUGAUCUUGACAAAGAGUUUUUACAAGAGCUGAAAGAACUAAAGAUUUUAAUCAGUGACAAAGAUCUGUUAGACCAGCACAAAAGUUUGGUCUGCACAGCUCUCAGAGGAAAGACGAAAGCUUUUAAUGAGAUGGAGGCUAAUUUCAAGAAUCUUUCCAGAGGGCUUGUCAACAUUGCUGCAAAAUUAACCAAUACCAAAGAUGUCAGAGAUUUCUUUAUUGAUCUUGUGGAGAAGUUUAUUGAGCCGUGCCGUUCAGACCGAUGGACAGCUUCGGAUAUGAAACUCUACCUCACUCAUUACACCAAUUCUGCACAUAUUCUUGACACAUUCAAACAUCAGGUUGUGUGGGACAGAUACAUGGGUGUCAUCAAAAGCUGUAUCUUCAAAAUGUAUCACGACUGAGCUGUGUUUCUUAGCCGCCUGUCGCUCCCCUUUUGGUUUGCCCCCCCCAAAAAAAACCAUUGUACUGAGCUGUGCAGACCAAACUGAGCAGAAACAUUAUUUUCCUCCUUCUCUGUGUGUUUUUUUAAUGAUGAUCAUUUAUACUGAAGUCUUAUUGUUGCUUGUUUGCUCGACGAAUGUCCUUGCAGCAUCUGUAAAUUUGGUUUAUAAAUAAAGUGAACAAAUUUA